AAAUGAAACAAAAUAUCUUAAUGUAACCGACGUAAUCUGAUCAUUAGUUACGAUCAUGUUUCGAUCGUCGCCGUCGCCGUCGCUCGCAUUCUUCUUCUCCUCGUCUCGCGGGCGUAAGUUACCCUAAUGGCGAUCAAGACGGCGAAGCGGAAGGGGAAGGAGGAGGAGGACCGAGACUGGGCGACGGCCAUGCCCGCCGACCUCUCCUCGUUCGACGACUUCCUCAACUGCCUCAGCUGGGAGCGCGCGCGCCCCCUGCCCGCGAUUAGGGAGCGCGUCCCCUGGCUGCUCCUCGCCGUCAAGGCCGAGCAGUCCUACCUCCGGCGCCUGACGCCGCCCUCGCAGGGGCAGUUCGCCGCGCUGCAGCUGCCCGGCCGCCACGUGCGCCGCGGCCGCCGCGAGAUCUGCCUCGGGUCGUCCCGCGGGUGGCUCGUCACGGCGAACGACUUCGGCUGCGCGCGCGUCGUCAACCCGCUCACCGGAGCCGCGGCGCCGCUCCCGCCGCUCUGGACGCUGCCCUACCUCGAGGCCGUCCACAGCUCUGACGGAUGCGUCGAGAGCUUCCUCUACCAGGACGAACACCACCGCGGCGGCCGGGGAGCGCAUUUCUCGUUCGAAGGCCUCUGCGACCUCGUCCUGCUCAAGGCCGUCGUCGUGGAUAUCGGCGGCGGCGGCGCCACCGUCGCCGUCCUGUACAGGAAGCAAAGCGAGUUCGCCAUCGCGCGAACGGGGCGGCGCCAGCGCUCGUGGACGCUCGUCCACAACGGCCUGGACACAAUCGUCGACAUGAAAAGGCACGACGACGGCAAGAUCUACACGGUGCACCUGUCCGGCAACGUCGCGCGCUGGAAGAUCGACUGCGUCGUCACCAAGUCGCCGGAGAUUCAGGAGGUGACGCGGGUCAUCGACUCCUCGUACCACUACGUCGUCAAGGACAACGGCAAGAUGUCCCGAGUGCACGAACGCGACGGCGACGACCGCGCCGGCGAGUGCAGCUACCUCGCCGGAGCUCCGAACGGCAAGCUGUACCUCCUCAAACGGGUCUACAAGCACAGGCAGGUCGGCGGCCAGACGCAGCGCAGCACGGCGGCGUUCAGCGCAUGGUUCCUGAGGCAGAGGCGGAGAGGAAGGGGCGGGAUGAAGUGGGUGAGCAACUGCCGCGACGACAUCCUCGGCGACCUGACGGCAUUCGUCAGUUGCACCGGCUCGGUGUGCGUCCACACCAAAAAGAAGAAGAAGAAGAAUGCGCUCAUCAACAGCAACUCUGCCUCCGUGUAUUUCACAGAGGAGUCCGUGGACUACCUCGGCGCAGCCAUGGUCGACAGCUUCGGCGUGAGCAGGACCAAUGUCGUGCCAACGACGACGACGGCGAAUCACACGAUGAAGGAGGACGAAGAGAGGGAGACGAAGACCCAUCAGGUGAAGAAGCUUGGGCGAUGCAUGAACUGGCCACCUCCGUUUUGGUUCGUCCCAAGCCUUCAAGGGUUUUGAGUUCGAGCUUCGCCGUUGGCAAGUAGCUGAAUUAUUUUCCAUCAUCAUUAAGCAAACCAUUAAAUUUUAAGAAUUUAGUUUGGAGGAUUAAUAAUUGUAUAGUUCAGAAAAUGUAGCCAAAAUUCUCUCGAUAUACUAUCUCUAUUUUACGGAAUAAUUAACUUUUUGCCACUCUUACGAGUGGUGAUAAUAGAUUUGUCACUGAACUCAUAUAUCAUAGACUUAUGAGGAUCUGUCCACAUGUAAUAGAAAGCGAGUGACAAAUCUGUUAUCAUCCAAUCUUAAGAGUGGUAAAUAGUUAAAUGUGACGUAUUUUACAAUGUAUGAAUUUAGCAUUUUUUUUAGAUUUAU